AUGUCUCAAUACGCAAGCUCAUCCUCGUGGACUUCUUUCUUGAAGUCAAUCGCUUCAUUCAACGGCGAUCUUUCUUCGUUAUCAGCUCCCCCAUUUAUUUUAUCUCCGAUCUCGUUAACCGAGUUUUCCCAAUACUGGGCUGAACAUCCAGAAUUAUUUUUGGAACCCUCUUUUAUCGACGACGAUAAGUACAAAGAACACUGUCCAAUUGACCCGGAAGUUGAAUCUCCCGAAUUGGCCCGUAUGCUGGCCGUUACUAAAUGGUUCAUUUCCACUUUAAAGUCUCAAUACUGUUCUCGUAACGAAUCCUUAGGUUCUGAGAAAAAACCUUUAAACCCAUUUUUAGGUGAACUGUUCGUUGGUAAAUGGGAAAAUAAAGAACAUCCUGAAUUUGGAGAAACAGUCUUGUUAAGUGAGCAAGUUUCUCACCAUCCACCUGUCACUGCCUUCUCCAUCUUCAAUGACAAAAACAAAGUUAAGCUGCAAGGUUACAACCAAAUUAAAGCCAGUUUCACUAAAUCCUUAAUGCUAACUGUUAAACAAUUCGGUCACACCAUGUUGGAUAUUAAGGAUGAGAGUUAUUUGGUUACUCCACCUCCAUUGCAUAUUGAAGGUAUUCUUGUCGCUUCUCCCUUCGUUGAAUUGGAAGGAAAAUCAUACAUCCAAUCUUCCACAGGAUUACUCUGUGUUAUUGAAUUUUCAGGUAGAGGCUAUUUCUCCGGUAAGAAAAAUUCAUUCAAGGCGAGAAUUUACAAAGACUCUAAAGAUAGUAAAGACAAGGAAAAGGCAUUAUACACAAUAUCUGGCCAAUGGUCCGGUUCUUCCAAAAUUAUCAAGGCUAAUAAAAAAGAUGAAUCACGAUUAUUUUAUGACGCUGCUAGAAUCCCCGCUGAACACCUAAAUGUCAAGCCUUUGGAAGAGCAACAUCCUCUGGAAAGUAGAAAAGCCUGGUACGAUGUGGCUGGUGCCAUCAAAUUAGGUGAUUUCAACUUGAUUGCCAAGACAAAAACUGAAUUGGAAGAAACGCAAAGAGAAUUAAGAAAAGAGGAAGAAGCUAAAGGCAUUAGCUGGCAAAGAAGAUGGUUCAAAGAUUUUGAUUACUCUGUUACGCCCGAAGAAGGAGCCCUUGUACCUGAAAAGGACGACACUUUCUUAAAGCUCGCCUCUGCUCUAAAUCUAUCAACAAAGAAUGCUCCAAGUGGUACUUUGGUGGGUGACAAGGAAGACAGGAAGGAGGAUCUUUCAUCCAUCCAUUGGAGGUUUCAAAGAGAGUUAUGGGACGAAGAAAAGGAAAUCGUUUUGUAA